AUGAAGUUUUUCGUUCUUACUCUCGCCCUUGCGGCUAUCAUUUCUGCCGCUCCAUUGGAAGCUCCUGGUGCUCCUCUUCCACCAGCUCCUGCACCUGGCCCAAAUGGCCCAUCUCCAUUCCCGGGCGAGCCACCGGCACCGGGACCGGUGCCACCCUCGGGGCCGCCACCUCCACCAGGUCCCGGCGGCCCACCCCCUCCUCCUGGUCCGGGAAAGCCCCCGAGCAAGCGUGACGACGAUGGACCUAAGCCUGGGCCUGAACCCCCCAAGCCCAGCGAUCCAAGCCCUCCACCACCACCCAAGCCCUCUGGUCCAAAGGGACCCGAGCCCCCGAAGCCCAGCGACCCGGCACCCCCUCCGCGUGAGUUCCUCCCGAACCCAAACCUCCAACAGCUCCUCAACCUCCCUCAAUCUAGGAAACGCAAGGACUAUAGCACCAAGGGCAAUGGCCUAGGUGGCGGUGAAGCCAUACUUGAGUAUAUGUUCGGAGCAGCAGUUUCCAUUGCGCCUUUUCACAUUGCAUCGACAUGA